UAAGCAUUUGUAAGUUGCUUUAAGCAGUGCCGACUCAUCGCUGAAAAGAUCUUUACCAAAACAUCUUUAUACCCUUAUUACACCAGAUCCUGCAAAGUUUUCUUUAUCAACCGACGACAUAUUACUAAUUCUACAUCCUACAAUAUGAUUAUAACAGUAAAAACCUUGAAGCAGCAGAUGUUUAUAAUAGAAAUUGAUCCAUCGGAAACAGUAAAAGAUUUGAAACAAAAGAUCGAGACUAUAAGAGGUUAUCCUGUUAAACAUCAGAGGUUAAUAUAUGCUGGAAAAAUAUUAAUAGAUGAUCAUCCAUUAGCAGAAUAUAAUAUAGAUGAAAAUAAGUUUAUAGUUGUUUUGGUAACAAAACUUAAAAGUGGUAAUGAUCAUACAACUGAAGAAGAACAUACAAGUGCAGAUAAUAAAGAAGAAAGUAGUACAACCAGCUCAGUAGUACAAGCUAGUUCAAAUCCUACUACUCAGGGUGCAUCAAACCCUGGUAAUACUGUACAAGAACAGUCAGAAGCAAGUACUACUGUUGCAUGUGUUGGAGGACAAGCAGAAAGUGCCAUGUUAAUGGGUGAAGAUUAUAAUACUAUGGUGAACAACAUUGUGGAUAUGGGGUAUGAACGUGAACAAGUUGAACAAGCGUUAAGAGCAAGUUUUAAUAAUCCUGAUAGGGCUGUUGAAUACCUCUUAACAGGAAUACCAGCUCAGCUUCUUGAAGAUUUACCAGAAGAUCAACUUGAGGCACAAGAACAACUUCAUGAUCAUGGUCAACAUCCACUAGCAUUUUUGCGAAUGCAACCUCAAUUUCAACAAAUGCGUCAAGUUAUUCAGCAAAAUCCUCAAUUAUUAAAUGCUGUACUACAACAAAUUGGUCAAACCAAUCCUGCAUUAUUACAACUUAUUUCACAAAAUCAAGAAGCAUUUGUGCGAAUGCUUAAUGAACCUGUGGAAACUACUGGUGGCACAGGAGGAAGGACUAUACCUGUAUCUGCAUCUACUGUUGCACCAGCAACUGCUCCUGGUGGUAUAAGUGGAGGACUUGGUGCAGGUAUAGGAACAGGAUCGGAUGUAGAACCUUCUAUAAUUCAGGUAACACCUCAGGAUAGAGAAGCUAUUGAGAGGCUGCAGGCACUAGGAUUUCCGGAGCAUUUAGUUGUACAAGCAUAUUUUGCGUGUGAAAAAAAUGAAAAUCUUGCUGCUAACUUUUUGUUAUCACAAAAUCUUGAUGACUGAAGUAACGCACUUUAUUGAUUUCAUAAUAAGGAGUUAAAGGACUGAUGUAGGAUGGGUAAUUACACAGACAUCUUGUUAUUUUCAA